AUGGCGCACGACCAAGACCUCUCGGUCGCCUACAGCCAUCACCAUGGGCAUAGCCGCAAAGACAGCCAUGAACAUGAACAUACUUCCCAACACUCCUCCCCGAGCUCCUCCUCAAGCUCGUCCCCAGACCGACCAACCCCAGAACGCCGCAGCUCAACAAUAAUAAACUACCUCUCCUCCUUCCUAGGCUCAAAGAACCCACUUUCUCAACCGGCGAAUCCCAAAAAAAACACCGUCUGGCUCUUCGACAACACAGCCUACCAAGUCAAAACCUACAACAAACACAACGAACUCGUCUCCCGAACCUGGGAAGCAGAAGUAGUAGCCUGCAUAUUCGAAAAAGGCCACCGAAAAGACGCCGGCAAAUUCAUCGCCGCAAUAGCAGACUACAUCGGCCUAGAUGGCGAGCUAGGCGGGACACACGAAGCAGAAGUCCGCCGCCGAAUCGAAGACCGCGUCCAGCCAUUCCUGGAUCCGGUUUCGCCGUCUAGGAUGGUUAGUUUGCAUGUUCCCAUCAGUCGGCGCGGACAGGUCCAUGACCUGGGACCAUCGGAUCGGAAUGGGAUUGUCAGUCAGAAUAUUUGCAUUGGGGAGGUGGGUGGUAUUCAUCAUAUCCACGACGGAACGGUUAUCAAACCACGCCUGUAUGAUUUCGCAGGCGAGAAAGUAGCCAUGAAUACGACAUUUGCGCGGGCGCAUGGGUGGCUUGUUAUAAGCGACAUUGACGACACGGUCAAGCGAACGAUGACGCUUGAGCCGACGGGGAUUAUCCGGUCGACGUUUGUUGAAGAGGCCGAGGUGAUAGCCGGUAUGCCUGAGUUUUACCGGUGGGUUGAUAGGGAGCUGGGGGCACCUGGUUGGUUUUAUUUAUCUGCGUCGCCUUAUAACCUCUAUCCGUUCCUGCGUGCAUUCCUGCGUGAGCAUUAUUGUCCUGGGACGUUGGUUUUGAGAGAUUAUUCUUGGAUGGACAUUACUGGGUUGAUUCGGUCUUUUACAGAGAAGACGCAGGAGUAUAAGGUUGAUCGGAUGGAGAAGAUUCAGGGUUGGUUCCCGCGUAGGCGAGUGCUUUGUAUUGGGGAUUCUACGCAGAAGGAUCCGGAGGCUUACGCUGAGAUGUACGAGAGGCAUCCGAGGUGGAUUCAGGCUAUUGCUAUUCGGAAGGUUACCGAUGUUGCUCAUAUGGGGGAGAAGAAUGACCGUGAGAGGUUUGAGAAGGCUUUUGAGAAUGUGCCUGAUCAUGUUUGGACGGUCUUUGAGGACCCGAGGGAGUUGUAUGAGUUUGUUGAUGGGCUUGGGAUGGAGGAACAGGAAUUUUGA